AUGAGGUUAAAUCGUUCGCACGAUCAAUGUUACAGCGUGGCUCCGUUGAUUUUGAGAGCCUCACGGAAAGUCUUGACUGAUCAUUUUGAGGCAGGAGAGGAUGCGAUUCCCGGCAUCACUGAUGUAGCAGAAUCUGUCCUACGGGAACUAAUAUCGGAGCAAGCACAGUGGCCAGAGGAUGAGAUGACAAAAAUGAAAAUGCUUCAAUCAGCGUUUGAAGUACUGGAACAGAAGGGUGUGAUCUCAAGGGCGAUGCUGCAGCAGAUGUGGGAAUGGCGAAAUUCGUGGCGAUGCUUCGUCUCAUCAUGUCGGCUACUGCUAUUUCCAUGA